AAAAUAUCCCUGUGUUCAGAGCGGCGUCACCACAGAAGCAAUGUAAUAUCUGCGCAGGUCAAAGCUUUUUUUUUUUUUUUACAAGAAAAGAAACAACAACAACAAAAGAACGAUGUUAGCCUUCGUGCCCUUAGCUCCACCGCCUGUGUAGCAGCUAGCCUCCACCCCUCUGUCAUUUUAUUUAUAUGUUUUUCAGCGUCACAUCCCCCUGGCCGGAGGAAUGUAGAGACGGGGUGCUUUAAAAAUAGCAUCCUCUCCUCUGACAGCGCUGCUCCGGUGGCUCCGCGGCACUGUGGUGCGAGAAGCAGGAAUGCGAAGAUGGCUGCAGACCUAGGAGAGCUGCUGGUCCCGUACAUGCCCACCAUCAGAGUCCCCAGGACAGGAGACAGGGUUUUCAAGAGCGAGUGUGCCUUUUCCUUCGACUCUCCCGAGUCUGAGGGUGGCCUGUAUGUGUGUAUGAACACAUUCCUUGGCUUUGGACGAGAACAUGUGGAGAGACACUACCGCAAAACAGGACAGAGUGUUUACAUGCACCUCAAGCGACAUGUCAAAGAGAAAGCCACAGGAGCCGCAGGAGGCGCCAUCCCCAGACGAAGAAACGGAAAAGUGUUUCUAGAUUUAGAGCUAAACCGUGAUUUUAACGGAGAGGACUAUGAAUACGAAGACGAGGCCAAGCUCGUCAUUUUUCCAGACCACUUCGAGAUCCCCUUACCAAAUAUUGAGGAGUUGCCCGCUCUGGUGACCAUCGCCUGUGACGCAGUGCUCAAUGCACCAUCAGCUUACAAGAAGCAAGAGCCUGAAUCCUGGGAGGAGGAGAUCCAGGUAUCCCGACAUGCCAGGAGCCUCAGACAGCUGGAUAAUGGGGUCAGAAUCCCACCCAGUGGCUGGAAGUGUCAGAAGUGCGAGAUGAGAGAAAACCUGUGGCUGAACCUGACGGAUGGAGCAGUGCUCUGUGGGAAGUGGUUCUUUGACGGAAGCGGAGGUAACGGCCAUGCUCUGGACCACUACAGAGAGACCAACUACCCACUGGCUGUCAAACUGGACACCAUCACCCCAGAUGGAGCAGAUGUCUAUUCGUUUGAAGAAGAAGAAGCCGUGUUGGACCCCCACAUAUCAGAACACUUGUCACACUUUGGAAUAGACAUGCUUCAGAUGCAGAAAAGAACAGAGAAUGGGCACCACACAGACAACAACGCACGGCCGCGGGUCAGUGAAUGGGAGGUGAUCCAGGAGUCGGGCAUGAAGCUGAAGGCGGUCUACGGUUCUGGUUACACAGGCAUCAAAAACCUGGGCAACAGCUGCUACCUCGGCACAGUAAUGCAGGUCCUCUUCAGCAUCCCAGACUUCCAGAGGAUGUAUGUGGGUAAUCUUCAGAGGAUAUAUGACUAUUCACCCCUUGACCCCACCCAAGACUUUGCCACACAAAUGGCUAAACUGGGACACGGACUGCUCUCAGGCCAGUACUCCAAACCACCCAUGAAAUCUGAGCUCAUUGAACAGGUGAUGAAAGAAGAAUACAAGGUAUUAAACUGGCACCAGCAGAAGGGCGUCUCCCCCCGGAUGUUGAAGGCCCUGGUCAGCAGGGGACACCCAGAGUUUUCCUCAAACAGACAACAAGAUGCCCAGGACCUCCUCCUGCACAUCAUCAACCUAGUGGAGAGGAACAGUGCAGGCUCAGAGAAUCCAAGCGACGUCUUCCGCUUCCUGGUGGAGGAGCGAGUUCAGUGCUGCCAGACACGUCGGGUGCGAUACACUCAGCGGGUGGACUACUGCAUCCAACUGCCAGCCCCAAUCGAGGCUGCCACCAAUCGAGAGGAGCUGCUGGCAUACGAGGCCAAGCGGAAGGAUGCUGAGGAGAACAUGAGGGCUCCACCUCAACCUGUGAGAGCACGGAUCCCCUUCACCGCCUGCCUGCAGGCCUUCACAGAGCCAGAGAACGUCCCAGACUUCUGGAGCUCAGCGCUGCAGGCCAAGUCAGCUGGAGUCAAAACUUCCCGUUUUGCCUCCUUCCCAGAGUAUCUGCUCGUGCAGAUCAAGAAAUUCACAUUUGGAGUUGAUUGGGUGCCGAAGAAACUAGACUUGGCCAUAGAUGUUCCAGACUUCCUCGAUCUGAACCGGCUGCGGGCCACAGGGCUGCAGGCAAGUGAAGAGGAGCUGCCUGAUCUCAUGCCCCCAAUCGUGCUACCUGAAGACACCAGAGAUAACUCAAUGAGCUCCAUAGACUCUCCUGAAAUAGACGAGGCAGCAGUAAUGCAGCUGGCAGAGAUGGGCUUCCCGCUGGAGGCCUGUAGGAAGGCGGUCUACUACACAGGCAACAUGGGCCCCGAGAUGGCAUUCAACUGGAUCAUAGCCCACAUGGAGGAGCCUGACUUUGCAGAACCUCUUACUCUGCCCUCCAUGAUAGAUCCUGGUCCCUCCACCAGUGAUAGCCCCAUGGGUGCCACCCCACUGGCCAACUCGCCCCCUGAGGAAAGCAUCGCCAUCCUCACAUCUAUGGGCUUCCCCCGCAAUCACAGUAUCCAGGCACUUAAAGCCACGAACAAUAACCUGGAACGAGCACUUGACUGGAUCUUCACCCACCCGGAGGAGGAGGAGAGUGACGCCCUGUCAGACAUGGCUGACACAGAGCCCAACGACAACACUUUCUCCAACGCCAACUCGCACAGCGACUCCACGCUGUCUCCAGACAGAGACACGUCAGGCCCACGUGUCAAAGACGGACCGGGACGUUAUGAGCUCUUUGCCUUCAUCAGCCACAUGGGAGCAUCCACAAUGUCUGGGCAUUAUGUUUGUCACAUCAAAAAGGAGGGAAGGUGGGUGAUCUACAACGACCACAAAGUGUGUUUGUCAGAAAGGCCUCCAAAAGACUUGGGCUACAUCUACUUUUACCACCGACUGUCUAGCAGUUAAAGUUAUCCCCCCUCCUCCACCUUGCAACCUUUUAUAGAAGCGCAGUCUUUCACUCAGAAGACUAGCAGACAACUGUAUUAACAGCCACAGUGGAAAUGAUGGAAAUAACCUAUCAGACCAGCUGCUCGCCUUACCGUGAUGUCAUUCAGGAGCAACCAGGAACACUGGUCAGAAAGGGAAAGCAAUGUGCUCUUUGUGCAUUUGUGUUACGUUAUGCUUUAAAUGUAUAUUUCAGUGUUUAUGUUAAAAAACAAAAGACGUUUUCUUGACAGUGUAGGUACAGAGGGAUGUGUGCAAUUUCCACUUCUGGACUGCUCUGGACACAAAAUAAUGUGACAUAUCAAAUCUCAUUGUUCCUCCUCUAUGCCUUCAGCUACUGUGCCAAUAUUUUUCAAAGGGGUACAUUUUAUAAAUGUAUUUUGAAAUGGCGGUGCUACACUGCCAGCCCUGAAAUGCUCUGAAAAGAAAUUACUGUGCUGCUGGUGGCUAUGCAUUUUACUUUGAAAGAGAAAAGAAUGUUUUUCAUCCCCGGGAAAUUGAAGGGACAUCAAAAGUUUUAAACGUUUUGGUUGUGCACUGAGACUGAGGGAAAUGACCAGCGUACUGUAUGAAGGAGAGCACCAAGAAGGCAGUGAAUAGGUGUUAAAUGUGACUGUAGUUAAAUAUACAGUAUUACUGGCUGAAUAAUGGCUCAGACCUGCCCCAGUUUUACUUGGAGAUGAUGUGCAUGAUUGUCACUUUUAAUAAGAAACUUUCUGCACCAUGGUUACACUGGCUGAUUUAUCGAGAUAGAAGUAUUAUUUCCUUCCCUGAAAGCACUUUUUUGUGACUAAAACAAGUUCAUAUUUUGCACCUGAUGCAGAAGUGGACUUUUUAUUCAAGUGAUACAAGCAAUUGAAUGUGAUAUCUUAAAUUUCUACUUCAGUACAGAUGAACCUGUUUAUCCUUGAAGUGGCCACAAGUCAAUGACGAGAUUGAACAUAAUCGAUGCCUAAUAUAAGAACGCUCGGCUGCAGUUGGCCCACUUUGGUUCUUUUAUCACUUUGACAGAUUCACUUUGACUAUGACCCAAAAGUUCAAAUGAAUGUUUUCUUUGACCCUGUUGCCACUUUUUACAGGUCAGUUAAUUCAUUUAUGCAUCUGAACUUUUUCCGCGUCUAAAGCAAUAUGCACUACAACCAAAUCUACUCUUGAACCUACUGAAUGCUAAAGGCUGUACAGUGACAUGUAUCUCCUCUAAAAUGUGCAUUUUUGUAUGGACACGGUGCAGUGCUGAAUGUAUAACUUCAUGGUGCUCACUGCAACCAAAACCUCCUCUUCAGCUUUAACACUCCAAAAAACCACAGUGAAAAUACAACUGGCCCUUUGCUGUUAAAUCACCAUAACCUCAUGCUGGAAUAUCCACCAACUCUGUACUCUCCUCAUUUAUCUACUCAGUUCAUAAUCUGCAGAACAACGUAUGUGCUUGUUUGUCAGACAUUCAUGAACCUCUGAUCAUCAACAACAUCUCAAUAUUUGCAGUCAUAUCCUUUCUCUAUUUUCUUGUAUGCUACACAGAACAGUCUUGUUUGCUGCAUCUCAAAAACUCAGUGUAAUAUUACACAAAGUACUAGUGUUUUGUCAGUGGCAUGGACACAAUUCCAGUUUGAAACUGUCUUUCACUCAGUAAUGCACUUCAGGUGCAUAAUUUAAUGGGGAGUUCUGCUGAGUGUUUAUUCCGCUGUCUUAAAAUUUCCAAUUUUAACUGAUUUUGGAGUCAUUACCUUUUGAUAUUCAAGGAAAAUGACAAUAAACUAACAUUUCUAAGAGGGUUGAAAGAAAAAAAAUGGAGACAUACAUCUAAAACUCUAGUUAGUGGCUGGAAUGUGAUCCAAUGUGGUCCUUAAAAAUGUCUUUCAACAGUCUCAGGCAAUGCUUUUCAAAGAAGUCAUAGGAGUGUCUCUGCUUGAGGGACGAUACAGGCAAAAGAAAAUCUUUAUGCAGACAUUCAGAUAAAUAGCUACAUUAGAGAAUGAAUCCAUACCUCUGCAGUGCUCCCCUUAAACAACACUGUGCCUAGACUUCCCUAAGAGCUUCAGUUUUAUUACAUCCCGACCUCGUCCUCAUCAGAUACUACUUGAUAGUCUGCUGCAGUGUUCAUUGUCUAUGCAGCAGCAAAUUCUGAAAGGUCUUUCUAUGCAAGUCUUGGGUUUCUGCCGUUCCUCCUAGAAAAAAAAAGAAAGAUAAAUUUUUUUUCAGAAACCAAUUGUGUCCUCCUGUCAAACCCUGAUCUGAUCAGUAGAUAGGUGAUAAAGUUUCGUGCUUAGUGAUGUUUGGUCAUAAAUGUCCUCAGAUAUUCUAUGAAGUUCAAUUUAUCUCUCAGCACCUUUUGUUCUCCCGCUCAUCCUCCUUAUUACAUUAUUGUCUUUGUAUUUUUGUCUUUUUGUUUCAGCUUUCCCUCCAGCUCGGUCUCUUCCAUUCUUCUUCUAUACGUUGUUAAAACGUAAUGGUUCGGUUUGUCACAAAAAGGCUUUUUCACUGUCAGCAUGUGCACUAGACGUUGACAUUUAGUCAUUUGGAUUGUACCGUUGUACUUUUGUGAGUUUUGUUCUUUUUCAUUUAACUAAGUGUCAAAAAGGUUCUUCACCUGUUUUUACUCUGUUGCCUUUUUGCAAACAAGUUUGUGCCAACGCUGUAGUUUUCAUUACAUAGUUUUCCUGAAGAGAUUAUUUUAAGUUGACUUUUGUAAUGUAUGCGUUUAUCCAAAUGUGGCUUAGGUAUUUGUGAAUAGAGUCAUUACAGUACGGUAUACACAGUGGCGCUGUUUACUUGCGAUGUUUGGAUAAUUUAAUAAACUACACCUUUGUUGAGA